UAAAGAAAACAAUGACCAGAUCUUUGGUUUCCACCUAUAAAUAGCUAUGUCUGCCAUGCAAAGUUUCUCAAUCUUCUCCAAAGCAAUAGCAAACAACCAGCUAAGCAAUAUAUCAUAAUGAAAGGAAUUCACUUCACUGUUAUUGCUUUUACCCUCUUGGCUUUCGCCUGCUCAUUGGCCUCGGCCUUCGAUCCCAGUCCUCUCCAGGACUUUUGUGUGGCUAUCAAGGACAUCAAGAAUGGAGUGUUUGUGAAUGGCAAAUUUUGCAAAGACCCAAAGCUUGCUGUGGCAGAAGAUUUCUUCUUCUCAGGCCUAAACAUGCCAGGGAACACAUCAAAUCUAGUUGGAUCAAAUGUCACCAACGUCAAUGUUGAUCAAAUACCAGGACUUAACACUCUCGGCAUAUCUCUUGUUCGGAUCGACUAUGCCCCUUACGGUCUUAACCCUCCUCACACUCACCCUCGUGGGACCGAAAUACUAGUCGUUGUUGAAGGCACACUUUACGUUGGUUUCGUUACAUCAAACCCAGACAACCGUCUCUUCACUAAAAUCCUAAACCCUGGAGAUGUUUUUGUCUUCCCUAUCGGUUUGAUUCAUUUUCAGUUCAACAUAGGGAAAACUGAGGCUGUUGCAUUUGCAGGUCUGAGCAGCCAAAAUGCUGGGGUUAUCACCAUUGCUAAUGCAGUGUUUGGCUCAAGCCCACCGAUCAACCCAGAUGUUCUGACCAAGGCCUUCCAGUUGGACAAGAAUGUGGUCCAAUAUCUCCAAUCCCGGUUCUGGUCGGACUAACCUCUCCUUUAAGAACCAAAUCAAAACCCCAGAAGUUUGAUUGCUUGUUUGAAAUAAUGAUUCCAUGCAAUUUCUUAUUGAAGUCAUAGUAUUCUACUAAGUAUCAUGCAAUAAACAACUGGUCUAUUAUGUACCUCUACAGUCUCCGGAUUUGGGAUAUAAAAUCAGAAUAUGUAAUGCUCUGGGAUUUAAA